AUGUCAGUUUACUCGUUUUCUGAAGGCAGCUCCGUUGCCAAAGCUCUUGGACAAUAUGUCAAAAGUAAAUAUGAUACUGCCAUGGCAAAGCACGGAAGAUUCACUUUGGCUUUGAGCGGUGGUAGUUUACCCAAGGUCCUUGCUGAAGGAUUAUCACAACAGAAAGACAAUAUUGAUUUUUCCAAAUGGGAAAUUUUCUUCGCUGAUGAACGUAUUGUUCCAUUGGAAGAUGAAAAUUCAAACUAUGCACUUUGCAAAGAAGUUUUGUUUGAUGUGCUACCUGGCUUUGUACCUGAACAAAUACAUACCAUUGAUACUAAAUUCUUGAAACAGAAUCCCUUGGAUUCCCAGGCUGUUGCUGAUGAAUAUGAAAAGCAAUUGGUUCACGUCUUUGCAAAUGCCUCUACUGUGAAGGUACCCGUGUUUGACUUAAUGUUGUUAGGUUGUGGUCCUGAUGGUCAUACUUGCUCUUUAUUUCCUGACCACGAGCUUUUGGACGAAGACGUUGCCUGGGUCGCUCCAAUUACUGACUCUCCCAAACCUCCAAAGGAACGUAUUACUUUGACCAUUCCUGUCGUUACCCAUGCUUUAUCUGUUGCUUUUGUAACCACCGGCGCUGCCAAGCAGGACAUAUUGCCUGUUGUUAUUGAAGAUACUACAUCCAAAUUGCCUUCUGCUUUGAUUUCUCGUGCUCAUCCUGAUCGAAUUAGCUGGUUUUUGGAUGACGAUGCUUCUGCUAAACUCGACAAAUCCGUUUUACGUGUUUUUCCCUUUCAAUAA